UUAGUUAUGUCACAAAUGCUGCCCAGCGUCAUUGCUAAAUUAUUUUAAACAUCCCCUCAAUGUUCAGCAAUGUAAGACAUCAAUUCUCGUGCGGUGGCUGGGUCGAAGCAAUAGCUUAUUCUAUCUGAAGUCAGGAUGAGGAUUGCAGUACAUGAGCUUAUAUGAUCAACAAAGCUGCAACUUUUUCAUUGUUUCGUUCAGAGGAACAGCUUGUACCUUCACUUUGAAACAGAUGCUGCCCUGCCUGCUGAGUUCCUCCAGCAUUUCGUGUGUGUUAUUCUGGAUUUCCAGUUCCACCGUGGAUGGUCCCAAGUUGGCUACGAAAGGAGGAGAUCUACUCGACGCAUUGUCUGAACAUGGCAGCAUUCCACAUGGAGGCUUUAAGGAAACAACGCGUUCUUGACAGGAAGUUCGCUAAACAGGAACCUUUAGAAGAAAAAAAAAGAGAUCCUUUCAAGAUAGCUAGAUCCGGAGGCAAAACAUCUUGGCAUAGAUUCUGUCAGACAAAGAGAGGAUCUGCAUCCAUUGAAAGUUCAAGCGAUUCAGGGUCUAAAAGGAGUUCUGAGUCCAGCGGAAUGUCAGAAACAACAACAUCUAGUUCGCCCCGGUCUUCAAAAAGCUCACAAAGAUCGGUCACCCUCAAAAGAAUGCCAGAAACAUCAAACAUUCGCGAUCUCAAAUCUAGAUUGUACAAGAGAACUACUCCACCCAGAAUGUAUCAAAAUAUACCACCAGGAAUGUCACCAGCAUGGUACCAUCACUUAAAUAAGCAAGCGAAAAUCCUGAGAGAUCAUGGUCUGGUAAUGGGACACUUGUCACAAUUUGUUGACUGAGAAUUUCCAUCACGUUGCCAGAUAUAAUAUCUAAUAACAUUGCAACAGAUCAAGACUACUGUGAACAAAGCAACCUUGCUGUUUCCUCAAAUGACCUUGAAAAUAAAAUAGCAAUUCAGAUACUAUAGCUUAGCAUGUUUUAUUGAGUUUGGAAAAUGUCCUGUAAGUCUUAGCUCUAUAAACCCAAUAAACACAGGAAGGAAUGGAGGAGGAUAUUUUCUACACUGCCUGGUGAUAAUGUGGAGCUUGCUACUGCGUGGAAUGAUUGAGUUGGCUAGUGUAAAUACAUUACCAAGUUAAAUUUGUUAAAGAAAUAAGCAGCAGCAUAUAUUGAUGACUGAGAUAAUGUGGGAGACCAUGUAAUAUUGAUAACUGCAUAAACCUAUUAAGCUAAAUUGCUUUUUUCCCAUUUUAUUUAAUGCCAUGUUUUUAGCAAUAAUGUUAAUUUGCAGGUUAGCGGAAGUGACAUCUUGUCAUUAAAAUAACUACUUAAUUUCCAGUGUAUGAAUCUAUGCUUACAGUAUGUUGCGUCUGUUGUUGCAACAUUUUUAAAUAUUAGUAUCUUAGAACAAUAUUAGAUUACUUGUACUUUUUUGUAGAUUGACUAUAUUCUGUCAAUGCCUUUAGUAGAUUUAAUAAUACUUCCAAUAGUUCAUGAUUUUUUUCAGGGCUGUCAAUAAUUUACUCUCAAUUUCAAUGCAAUACUACUUGUAGCGAACUCUUUCAAUUAUAUGACUGGUCUUGCAUGUUUCAGCUUGAUGUAUUUUUUCUUUUUAUGAAGUAUAUCUGAACUCUUAGAAGAACUUGAAACCUUGUAUGGCUUUAGCAUCAAUCAAAAGUGAAGAGAGAUGAGAGUAUGAUGCUACUGAAUCAAUAGAAUUGGUCAGUUUCCAGAUCCCCACUUAGUGGCACUAGUAGUCAUAAAAAUACUGAAAUGAAAGAGACGCGAGAUGAUGGAAUAUGGAACCAGAAAAGACACUGGGAAAUCUCAAACAACAGAGAAUCUGCAGAUGCUGGGAAUCCAAGCAACACAUACAAAAUGCUGGAGGAACUCAAUAGGCCAGGCAGCAUCUAUGGAAAAAAGCACAGCCGACAUUUCAGACCGAGACCUUUCAGAGAUUAAAAGAUGAAGAGUAGAUUUUAAAGGUGGGGGAGGGGAGAGAGAAACACAAGGUGAAACUGUGAGGGGAAGGGAUGAAACAAAUAGCUGGGAAGUUGACUGGUGAAAGAGAUGCAGGGCUAGAGAAGGGGGAGUCUGAUAGGUGGGGAUAGAAGGCCAUGGAAGGAAGAAAAGGGGAGAGGAACACCAGAGGCAGGUCAUGGACAGCCAAGGAGAUAAUCUCAGCAGGUUGAGCAGUGAAGGCGUGAGAUAACUGUGGGUUGAGACCCUGCAUCAGAAAGAAGAAAGGUUACCAAUAAACAGCCAUACAAGGCAGGGUGGGACAGAGGCUGGUAGGUGAUAGAUGCAACUAGAUGGGAGGGUAUCAUGGGCUUUUAGAAUCUGGUGGGGGAGAGGAAUAGGAAGUGUCAUAGUCAUAGUCAUACCUUAUUGAUCCCGGGGGAAAUUGGAUUUUCGUUACAGUUGCUCCAUAAAUAGUAAUAAAACCAUAAAUAAUUAAAUAGUGAUAAGUGAAUUAUGCCUGGAAAUAAGUCCAGGACCAGCCUAUUGGCUCAGGGUGUCUGACCCUCCAAGGGAGGAGUUGUAAAUUUUGAUGGCCACAGGCAGGAAUGACUUCCUAUGACGCUCUAUGUUGCAUCUCGGUGGAAUGAGUCUCUGGCUGAAUGUACUCCUGUGCCCAACCAGUACAUUAUGUAGUGGAUGGGAGACAUUGUCCAAGAUGGCAUGCAACUUGGACAGCAUCCUCUUUUUCAGACACCACCAUCAGAGAGUCCAGUUCCAUCCCCACAACGUCACUGGCCUUACGAAUGAGUUUGUUGAUUCUGUUGGUGUCUGCUACCCUCAGCCUGCUGCCCCAGCACACAAUAGCAAACAUGAUAGCACUGGCCACCACAGACUCGUAGAACAUCCUCAGCAUCGUCCGGCAGAUGUUAAAUGUGAGCAGAAGGUGAAGAAAACUAGGUGGAUGUGUGAGCAUGUGUAUGGGAGAAAACCUCUUGGUUUUAAGCCACCUAAAAUUAGAAAACUCAGCAUUCAUUCCAUUGACAGAAAGUCUGAAAACAUUUCAGCCAUGCAAUCAGAACCUGAGGUCUUGUUCUUUCAGUUUGCAUUUUGACCACUGUGCGGCAAUGGAGAAGCCUAAGGACAGACAGGUCGGUGUGGGAGUGGGAAGGAGAGUUAAAACAGCAUACAACUGGAACCUCAACAUGGCUGUCAUGGACAUAGUGCAGAUGCUCCACAAAAUGGUCACUUAAUGUAUGCUUGGCUUCACCAAUAUUAGCAUGCGAUAAAAUAUUAUUAGCACAAUUAUAAAUUUCAUCUCCAAAGGGAAAAUACUGGCUUUAUUGACUGAAUGUAAUUCAGUCAAUUCAAAAUGUUUUUGAAGUUUCCAUUGUCCAUGUUUUGCAGCAUUAUUGCCAUCUGAAAUGGAGCAGACUUAGCAGUUCAAAACUGGAUGUCAUGAGCUGAUGCGAUUUUUAGGUAACAACAAAAUUGUAUUCCUCUAUAAUCUGUGACAUUGUCAUCUGUCAUACCCUUCACUCUACCAAGCUCGUGACUAACACUGGGAUGUAGAAGUAUAUUGGAAAAUAAGGACAUCUUUUUAAAAAAAGCUUCAAAAAGACAGCUUCCAUCGUCUAGACCUGACGAAGGGUUUCGGCCCGAAACUUCGACUGUACCUCUUCCUAUAGAUGCUGCCUGGCCUGCAGCGAUCCGCCAGCAUUUUGUGUGUGUUGCUUCCAUCAUCUAGGAUCCCCAUUACUCAGGGCAUGCCCUGACCUCAUUUUUACCAUUAGGGAGAAGGUAGACACAGACUCAGCCUGCAGACACAGACUCAAUGUUGUAGAAACAGCUUCUUCCACUCUACCAUUAGAUUUAUAAUAGUCCCUGAACCCUUGAACACUACCUCACUAUUUUUGCUCUCUCUUUGCACUAAUGAUGAUCUCCAAAGGGGUUGUCUAUUUGUGGGUCUUCAAGUGGCUGAAGAGGCUGAUCCAGGAUACAUAUAUUUCUGAGGGGCUUCCACAAUACUGUCCCGUUCACCACUUGCUGAUCAUCACAGGACUUAAUCAAGGAUGUUAGGGUGAAUACACUCAAAGGGGAACAAUUGUGUGUGACUUUGUUUAACGUGGGGAAGUUGAAACGGGGCAAUUAUGGUCCUUGACAGAUUGGAGUCGGAGUGACAAGGAAUGCAAGAUGACUGGGGACCCUUUACUGCUGCAGCUUUCCUCUGCCUUCACUGCUGUUGUGAUGCGCGACCACCUUCCAUCAGUUCCAAGGCUGAGGUCUUAGUUUGACUUCACUUUGUCUGGGACCUCCCCUUCACCUUAAGACCAUGUGUCAUCCUACCAGGAGCCAAGAGAGCCAGAUGUCUCAAUCAGGACAAGGGUGACAAAGCUCGGAGAAGAUUGUACUGCACUGCAGCCACAAAACAACAAAUUUCACGACAUACACUGUGACAAUAAACCUAAUUUGAUUCUGAUUCUGAGUUGUGCGACUGGUGAGACUACCACACUGCACAGCUGUAUAUUCAUGAUAAACAGUGGAAGGCUGAUCUAACUAAUCCCAUGAAGAAAGGCUGAGAUUAGCUAUCCAGUCAUGCCACAAUUAUACACCCCAAUAAGCUAGUGCAGCAGAUAAAGCUGAUGUGCUACCAUUUCAUUGCACUCAUGUGCCAUAAUUCAUCUUGGUACAAAAUGAUGAGGCACAGACUGAGAGGACAGCCAGAGACUUUUUCCCAGGGCAGAAAUUACUAAUAUGGAGGGGCCAUAAUUUUAAAGUGAUUGGAGGAAAUUAUAAGGGGUUUGUCAGAGGUAAGAUUUUUACAUAAAGAGUGAAGGGUGCAGAGAACACCCUCCUGUGGGGCGGUCGUAGAGGCAGAUAUUUUAGGGGCAAUUAAGAGACUCUUAGAUAGGCAAAUGAAUGAUGGAGCAAUUGAGGACUACUGUGUGUGGGAGGGAAGGGUUAGAUCGAUUUUAAAGUAGAUUAAAAGGUCCAAAAAGUAGGAAGAGCCUGUACUGUGCUGAAAUACUCUAUGUUAAUAUUUCUCAACUUUUUGUCUACAUUUAAUUUGAAGAACCAUGUUUUGUUAAUGAAACACACAAUUUAACCC